UCUGCAUGACCUUCCCCUGCACAGCUUUUUGUCCUGCUUUGUCACGAAUGUCCUACUUCCGGUAGAGCUGCACAGACUCCUUCACAUUACGAGGAUGCUUUCCCUAAGACAUAUAGUGAGAAUUCCUCUUCCCUCUCCUGCUUCCACCAUUGUUCUUGCCAGAUUCAACUCUAGUGGACCUGAUCAGACUCCAAAAAAGACAAAAUUUGGACCUCUUAGUGACGAAGAUCGAAUAUUUACCAACUUAUAUGGACGUCAUGACUGGGGAUUGAAAGGUGCUUUAAGUAGAGGAGACUGGUACAAGACCAAGGAGAUUUUGUUGAAGGGAGUAGACUGGAUUCAGGGUGAGGUUAAAACUUCUGGCCUGCGUGGCAGAGGAGGAGCUGGCUUCCCAACAGGUCUUAAAUGGAGCUUUAUGAAUAAACCAUCAGAUGGAAGGCCCAAAUAUCUUGUAGUCAAUGCAGAUGAAGGUGAACCUGGAACAUGUAAGGAUCGGGAGAUCAUGAGACACGACCCCCACAAACUUGUGGAGGGUUGUCUAGUUGCUGGACGUAGCAUGGGAGCUCGUGCAGCAUACAUCUACAUUCGAGGAGAAUUCUACAAUGAAGCAUCCAAUCUACAGGUAGCUGUGCGGGAGGCAUACUCUGCGGGGCUUAUUGGGCGUAAUGCCUGUGGCUCAGGGUAUGAUUUUGAUGUGUUUGUGGUGAGAGGCGCUGGGGCAUACAUCUGUGGUGAAGAGACUGCAUUGAUUGAGAGCAUUGAAGGAAAACAAGGAAAACCCCGCCUUAAGCCUCCCUUUCCUGCUGAUGUUGGUGUUUUUGGUUGUCCAACAACAGUUGCCAAUGUGGAAACUGUUGCAGUUGCCCCGACCAUUUGCAGGCGUGGAGGUUCCUGGUUUGCUAGCUUUGGUCGUGAAAGAAACUCUGGUACCAAACUGUUCAACAUAUCGGGACAUGUAAACAAUCCAUGUACUGUGGAGGAAGAAAUGUCUAUACCACUUAAAGAGCUCAUUGAAAGGCAUGCAGGAGGAGUUACUGGUGGCUGGGAUAAUCUUCUUGCUGUAAUCCCCGGAGGCUCCUCCACACCACUUAUACCACGAUCUGUGUGUGAAACAGUUCUUAUGGAUUUUGAUGCUCUAGUCCAGGCUCAGACUGGUCUUGGUACAGCAGCGAUCAUUGUCAUGAAUAAAUCAACUGACAUUGUCCGUGCAAUUGCACGCCUUAUUGAAUUCUACAAACAUGAGAGCUGUGGUCAGUGUACUCCCUGCAGGGAAGGUGUUGACUGGAUGAACAAAGUUAUGUGGCGUAUGUGUCGAGGUGAUGCCCAUGUAGAUGAGAUCGACAUGUUGUGGGAGAUUAGCAAGCAGAUUGAAGGACACACCAUUUGUGCAUUGGGAGAUGGGGCUGCCUGGCCUGUCCAGGGUUUGAUUCGUCAUUUCCGCCCUGAGUUGGAGCAGCGCAUGAAACUUUUUGACACCGCAAAGAGACAGCAAGCUAGCAAAACAUUUUAGGAAAUGCAAGACACCAAGGCUAACCCAUCGUAUUUAUCAAAACAUGUCAUUGCAUGAUGUGUUCCAUUUGUGUGUUAAUAAAAUAAAGCUUUCCAAAAGUA